ACCCAACUCAAAAAGCUGUGCUCCUGGAGGCUGUUUUGUGUCCGGCCUCUCGACUACCGCUCAUCGCAUCAGCAAGAGCCCUGCAGUCUGGUUGCCUCGGCAACAGACCGUGAAACCAACGCUAUCCGCGAUCCAAGCCUGCAUCGGCUAGUUCGCUCGAUGCCAUGCCAACGUGGCCGUACGAGUCUGAAGGAGCACACGGAAAUGCCUUCAUUCGGCAAUUUUACAAGUGAGCGAAAGUGA